AUGUCUCAGACAAAGCAGACGACAUCUUCGAAUGGGACGGCACAAGAAAUAAACGGAUUGUCAAGCGAGCUGAUAAUAGAGGAAAACAUAGAGAAUGCAAACAGCGUUUUGCAGACGAGUGUUGUGAACAGUGGGAUGAAUAGGGUUCCAACAUCUAGCGAAAUAUCAUCGCAUAAUACAGCUCUUUCGUUUGUUUCUGGACCAACAUUUACGGCUGGUUCAGUGCCUUCCGUAACUUUGCAAGGCAGUCCUGCAACUUACAUACCACUACAGGUUCCUGGUGUGAUCGAAACGGCUUUUACGCAGACUCCAGCCUUUGCCGCUCCACUCAUCUAUCCAUCAGCAUUAACAGCUGCAUAUAUUACUGGUCCCUCAGCUGCACCUCCAGUUUCACCUUGUACAUUCCUGUCGGCCGCUGCCCCAAUAACAGCAGUUUGCCACUGCAUCUAUGCUCAACCAUGUGCGCUUCAUCAUCGUCCAAUCACUUAUGCUUCACAUUCACUUUCAUCUUUGCGUACGUUGCCUGCUACAUUAUCGCAAAGCCAUUCCCAUACUUUACCAACAACAAUAGCAAACAAUGUUGCAUCUGCUCGCGUAUCAUCUUUACCACCUACCUUAGCUUUACCGUCUCUUCGAUCGUCAGUGAUGCGAUUAAAGCGAUCUGGUGAACAGCUCACUACCAGUCAUCCUCCGCUAACUGAUCCUGAUAGUGCAGCAAAUAUUCGUCUGCAGAAAAUACGCCGUGUUGAACCUGCUUCAGAAGCAACCACUUCGUAUUUGGCUUCUCAUCGACAUAUCGAAGCCCGAGGUGACGAGAGAAACAUGAUAGAGAGUAGGCCAGGCUUGAAUACAACAUUUUGUUGUGACUGUCGCAGUCGCACUACCUACCAGUGUCCUUAUCAGUCCUGUCCAUAUCACAACCAUCAUCAUAUUUGUCCGCGUCAUCCGAUGUGCUUUUGUCAGCGGAAUGAAUCUGGCAGUAGUUACAGGCGUGAGACUGAUAUGAAUCCAGUACAUGAUUUGUUGCUGUCAUCGCGUGUGGCACAAAUCGAGCGUCAACAGCAGGCCAACAAUUUGUGGUUUCAACGGCAUUCUUUGGCGUCAAGUAAUCUGAUUGGUGUUGAUAUCGUCCCGAGACGUUUAGCAUCUCAACCAGUGGUUUUCUUGCCCCGCCACCAUCAGCCCAUUAUGGAGCUUGCUAUGGUUCUGUUGCAGCCACAUGAUCCAACUGUCAUUUUGGGUGGCAGUGUCCCCACUUCCAAUGAUCCUGUACCAAUUGGAGCAACUGUUGAACAAAUCAACCGUUUCUCCACUACCUACAAAUAUAUCAAAGAGAAUGAUAUUCCUGAAAAUGAACAGGAACGCUGCACGGUGUGUCUCAAUGAUUUUGAAACGGACGAAGAAGUUCGAGCUCUUCGCUGUAAUCAUGUAUUUCAUAUUGUUUGCAUCGAUCGCUGGCUAGUAUACAAUAAAAAAUGCCCGGUCUGUCGUCUAGAUUUGGACAAAACAAACGUAGUAUCAGUGGUGUCCCUGUGA